UUCCAGACAGUGACAGCUGAUAUUACUAUCGAGAUUCCUGAUUUUUUUGAAUCGGUAGAAGUCUUUCUCAACAGCAAGCACAAGAAUGACGUCAAAGUAAUAGGUGAUCAGCAUCGCUUCAAAACAAAGAUAUACGAUGUCGACACGGUUUCUAGUUUGGAGAGGGACAAUUGCCACGGGAAAGCAAGGGGAAACUGUGACAGUGGCACCUGCGACCCUCAGACGGGCAGUUGCAUUUGUCAAAGAAACUAUCUGUUUGAAAAGACGUUUCUGAAGUGUGUCCCAGAUUGUUCAAGAAGUUGUCCGUUUGAAUUCUACAUGGCAAAGUCAUGCACAGUGCUAUCUCCUGGCAAAUGUAAACGUUGUAGAAGUCCUUGCCCAAAGGACAAAUUCGAAAGCACCGCCUGUGGAGGAGCAAUGGACAGAGAGUGCACAGAUAUUUCAAAACUGCCACCUGUGUCCGUUAGUGAAAUGAUUGUUACUGAAAACAGAAAAAAGGUAAAACUGGCCUAUAAAAGAUUGCAUCCAAAGAAAGGUGAAAAGUUGGUUGCUGUGCUUGAUCGUGGAACGGGAAUCAAAGUUGUCGUGAACGUGUUGGAAGCUUCUUUUGAUGUAAAGGUAGAGGAGGCAACAAGUCAAAACUAUGCCGUAAAUCCACCUGAGAAACCAUUAUAUGAAUUAUGCAGACAUCAGAUGCCUGUUUAUUAUGUUGCAAGGCACCAUGUUUUGCAGGAUAAGUUCUACUAUGGCCAACGAAAAAACACACACUGCAAUAAGAAGAUUCCAGAAUUUAAAAAUGAUGGAGUCUAUUGCAUUAACAGUGAUCAUGAUCUUAUUCGAUUGUUUACAAAAGGGAAAUCUGAAAAAGAGACAUUCGUACAUUCUGAGGGAUCGAAAUUAUGCGAAAAGCUCUUACGAGAUUGCUUUAAUUGUGCUGAUAAUUGUGGGAAAGCUAGUUUGGCUUCAUCUUGUAUUAAUGGCAAAGUUAGUUGUUAUGAUUCUUGCAGGAAAGCAAAGUGCGACUGCUCUAGAGAGGAAUGUUUUUGUCAAAAAUACAUUGAAAAUUGUGCUGGAAAAGCAUCUGACUGUGUGGGAACAAGCGUUAGCAAAAUAACGCUGGAGCCAAUUUUUAGCCAGCAGUAUCUGUACUGCUAUGUGAAAAUCUUACGGCUAGCUACCUACAGUAUCAAAACAGAUAUUCUUGUUAAUGGCAGCCUGGUAGUUUCCAGGUAUCGUGAGGUCGCAACCAAAGUGAAAAACCAAGGGCACAGCAUGGCCGAGGAUGAUCUUGGAUACAUGUUUGUGAAAGUUUCUGACUCUUUGAAUCUGAAUGGCAAGAACCUGUUGUUAAGAAGGGAGAAAGACACUAAAAGUCUUGAAGUAGGCCAUUUCAAAAUGGCGGAUGACAUUUAUGGUGGACCAGCGACAGACAAUCUCGCGUUAUGGCCCCGUGCGCCGUAUUCGUUGAGUAAGAAACAAUGGAGCAAUAUGACUUGCAAAAGAGCUCAGGUAGAUGCUUUCAGGGUUUUCGAUAAGUACCCGAUUAGCACCGAAGAGCCCAAUAUAUUCGAAAAGCUGUACGGCCUUUCCUUAAAAGAAGAAGCCAGAACAAUUGAAGGAAAUCGAGUAUUUUCCAUUAGCAAAAGGAAUGAAAAUCGUUUUAUUGAUGUCACAAUGCCAGCACACAAGUCCCUUUUAAGAAACAUUUUUCCCGCAAGUGACAUAAUUCAAAGUGAACUGCAUGGCAGCCUGUUAAAUAAGUCAUCGCAUUGGUCUGUAUCUGUUGGAGGAUCUCUAAAGUCCUGCCCAGGCUCCUUCACUGCGAAACUUUUUGACCAAGCCCGGUCGGAUAGCUUGCUAUUUCAUACCGACAUUGCUGUCACACGGGGUGAUAAUUGCUUCUUCAAGUUUGAAUUUAAUAUGCCAUUUAAGAAUACAGAGGAAGAAAACGAAAGAGUGUUUGUUGUACAUUUAAUCACCAGAAAGCAAACCAUCAAACUUGUACUGUUGAAAGAAAAGAAAAUCAAGAGGAUACUUCAGAUGAUUCACAUACCCCCGGUAGACAAAGGGCGACUCUUGAAUGCGAUUCUUCCUAUAUCUGUUAUUGCAGGGGGAUUUGUCUUUCUUUUAGUAGUGCUACUGGCUUUUGGAGUGCUGACUAAACCAACAGAUCAACUAUAUCAGGUAGAUGUGGACAACGAGUUCCACUUCAGACAUGCGCUUGUAAUUGUUUGGUUCGUGUGUGCCAGGUUAGCAAAAAGCAUUUUAUUGACGAUAACGUUUCUGAGUUAUAUUUUUGUCGUGAUUCACUCAAAAAACUACCAUACUUUGAAAAGUUUCAACGAAUUCCAACUACGCGAAAAAACAGUCAUAAAAAGCAUCUACGAAGAUAUGGAGAGACACAGAGUUGCAGAAAUCAACAGACAAGAAAAGCGAUUUACAGAAGAGAAGAAUAUUUGUGAAAUUAAUAUGCAAAAACUUGAUGCGUACCUUGCUGAGAGAAAACGUGACUCGUCGUGGGAGCAACAAAUAAAUAAAAGAGCAAAGUCGAUCAAGAGAGCUGCAAUACAAAAGUUUGAGGUGAGGUAUGCCAAAAUCGUUAGAACGUACUAUGAGACAAAAAACAUGGUGAAGACAAGUACCGAAAACCAUUUUAGAACUAUUGAGCGAUUCGUGAGGGGUGUAAAGGGGAAAGUCUUAGGCCAUCCAUAUCUUAAACCCGCAAAAGUUCCCUUCGGUUUGUACCGAUUCUUUAAAGGAAGUAAAAAUUGGGCACAGUACAUUGGCCUUGAUGUGAACUUAAACAAUCUGAAUUAUUACAAUAGAUGGGAAUCUGCAUCUAGUGAAAUCUCGCACGUAAGUAAUGCAUUAAGGAGAACUAAAAAUAAGCAGGAGAAAAGCGAAAACAUGAAUUAUAGAGCCUGGAUGGAGCAGAGCAAAUCCAGGAUUUACGAGAAACCACCUAUGGUCUAUAAGAUUCGUUAUCCAAAGGUGAAUCACGGACUUGGAUUUGAUAAAGGAUUGGUGAAAAAAGUAUUUGGAGUUACAUGGGUCACUGAGUUGACGAAGAAAAAGAUAUUUUCUUACAUUGGUAUGGUAAUGAUGAUAGCGUUAGAUGCAUUGUUUUUUGUUUAUCGACAUACAAGAACAUAUGCAAUGGCUGCAUCCAUGGUGUACGGAUUCAAAAAGAUUUGCAAUCUUGAUAAGAUGCAAGAAGACUGGCAAAAGGAUGCUGAGAAGAAUGAGAUUUUGAAGCAAGGAUUCCGGUUUCGACGGAAGGUGUCUCAAGAUCACACAACGACAACCACCAAUGAAGAAUAUACUUCUGACGAACGGGGUAUUGUAGGCGAAGGAUUGUCCACAUCAACUGACGAGUACGAAGCGAAGAAGAAGAUGGGCUCUCGAAUAUUCGAAAAGACGUAUGGUAGUAGCCAGAAUACAAGUUCAUGUUCUGUUGUGACUGGAAUCAGUAACUGCUCGGCCAGAGGUUCAUUAGAGAGUAAUGACACAAGUCAAAAUUAUACAGAAAAAUCUGACAAUGUUCAACAUCAGUCUUUAUCAGCACGUGAGAGAGACCAAAUCGAUGAUAAAGAUGAUUCAGUUGAAGAGGCUGAAGAUAAAGACGACAUGAUGCCAUCCGGGUCGAGGGAAGUCACUUCAGAUGAGAGCGAUGGUUCUUCCGAAUCCAUGGAUGAAACCAGCAGAUUCAUUGAUCGUGAUAAAGGACCUGGUUUGGUUGCAGAGGCAUAUGAUGUUGCUAUGACCGUCAUCGGCUGGCUUGGUGUUCUCCUCCGAACCUUUGUGACGUAUAUGAAGAAAGUUAAUAUCGUUAACAUGGUGUUGCUGAACACACAUGUAAUUUUGAUAUUUUUUAUCAUGUCUCUUAUCACCAUUUGCGUCUACUUCACAAUUCUCACGGCGAAAUUUAUUCUGAGAACACCUGUACUAGAUGAUCUUGGAUUUUUCGACGCAAAAAUUUCACCAAUCUUAACUUAUCGAAAAGUUGUUAAUACGAGGACAUCGAUGAAUGCAUUCAUGAUCAACCACAUCCAUAUUCCAUACUACGAAGCAAGGAUGAAUGCUCGAAUCGAGAUUUACAGGCUGAAAGCUGGGUUGUACAAAAAAAUCCAAUGUACCAGAGCUGUUUUGCACAACAGUGAAUUCUGCUCAUGGAAUCGAGACCAUUGCAGUGGUCUCGAGGCUUUUGAUGAUAAUUUUUACAAAAAUCUGACUCAAUUCAAGUGUCAUCUAUCGCCAGCAACACCCAAGAGAUACUCAGAUUUUGAUAGAGUGCAAUUCAAAAAUGAAAUGAUGAGAUCCUAUGGUCCAUAUGUGGAAGCAACCAGAGGAAUAAUUUUAGAUACUUUUCAAAUGAUAAUCACCAUAAUUUGUAUUCAAAUUGCACUGAGUUUUUCCUCAACCAUGAUUACAAAGCUUUUGCUUAGAUUUGAUUUGAUUAGACAAAUAAAAGUUUAUCAAACAAGAAAACCGUUAGAAACAUGGGAUUUAGCUGGCAACGAAAAUACAUAAUUUACCCUGACAUAUAUUUCACAAAGCUUUUUAGGUUUGCAUUUAAAAUAUUUUGUUUUAAUAUUCAUAAAAGAAUUCUCAUAUCAAGUUUUAAUGAUUUUUGCACUUUAUGAUUCUAUCUACCACUGCAUGUUACAAGAACAAAUACAGGGAAGUUGGGUUUGCAGUGUCUCGUGUUGCCCCUGUAAUAACUUUGCAAAAUAAGACCUGUGUAAUGACAAUAUGUUUAUGUAUAUGAAUUACAAAUGUGCCUACAGUGCAUUCUUAAAUCUUCAGAACAUACCACAUUGUCGCAGAAAGCUUAAAAAUUGUUCGAUGGUCUUUUAGUGUUUUUUAAGAAUGCUUGAAAAAUGCACGAUGUUGAAUUAACACUCAUAGUUUCUUUUUGUAAGAAACCUCUUCUUGUGUUUCAUCAAAAGCCCAAUAUUAGAAGAAGAGUUAUUGCCAAGGAUACUGAAUUUCAAAUGAAAAUGGAAAAUUGAAAAAGUGUGUCGAACUGUACAAAGUGGUAUACAAUUUUCUGCAUCAGGCAACAGUAUUACUGGAUCAAGUGUUGCAUUUUAGAACCAUUCUCCCUAGUAGCAGCGCAGGCCACUGGGUUUUCUUUGGGAGGGAGACAAGACCUGACUCGCCCUUUUGAAUGUAAGAUAUGCCCUUUCAACAGCAGGGAAUGCUAAUGUUACCAAUAUGGAGCGCCUAUGACUAAGGCAGCCUUUCCUCUUGCCCGGGUUAAAACAAAAAGGGGUUCAAAUGUAUCCGUUUUUCAAGCGAGUCAAUGGAAACGCCAGUUUGCAACAAAAGUCCUUGUAUUCUUUGUAUAAAGCUGUUGCUGUUGUAAGGGGAUCAAAAGUUGUCCGGGUUUGGCGUUCCAACUAUCUGUUUUCUAAGUGGGUUAGUGGGAACGCAACGCAACGCAAACACGGAUAACUUUUAACCCGUUUUUGUUCUUUUUAAGCCAGGUUAGUGGAAAGGCUGCCUAGCUUUAGGUUACGUAAAAACUCGAAAUGGUAGAAGUACAUCACAAAGAAUACGUUGCCAAAUUAUCACCAUUUUUCGAACAUCUUCUUAUCAAAUUUAGACGAAUUACAGCAUUGAUCCUCUCAACAACAAGGGGAGUGUCCUCCAUGCCCCCCCCCCCCUUGGCAUGGCAUCCAACAAUAAGAAGAUUUUGUCAAUCAUUGCUAGAAGAUAUUUUUUGAUGAAACCUUGAGAUUCUCAAUUGGCAGAUAGAGAUAACAUACCUAUCACGCUUCACUAGUACAGAAUUCUAAAUCCCCUUUUCAAAUGACAGCAAACAAUUUAAGUCCUCUUUUUAAAUCCCCUUUUUAAAAAAAACCAGACAAGACUGCCUGAAAACCACUAAACAACGUAAAAAUCACAGAACACCAUUUGUUGUCACCUAUCACCCCUCUUUGCUACAACUAUCUACCAUCCUCAAACAAAACAUCAACAUAUUGCAGAACUCUAAAACAUGCAAAGACCUAAAUACCUCCGGGAUAUACUGGUUCGUGCCAGAAUAAAAAGUGGUACACCCAGUAAUCCUAGAGGGACUUACAAAUGCCACUCACGACGCAACUGCACAACAUGCCAACACAUCGCAGACGGCUCAACUUCUCUCAACUUUGCUAACACUGACAAAAACUACGACUUAAAACUGGACUGGACUGCAACUCUACUAACGUUACUUUCGCAUUACAGUGCAAACGCUGUUUAACUAACGGACACAAGAACUGCCAAUACAUCGGACAAGCAAGCAGACGACUGAAAGACAGAUUUAACGAACACAGACGAGACAUUAUCAACAAGAAAGUAGUACAAAUCUGGUGUUGCAGAACACCUCUGCAGCUAAGAACAUUCCAUCAAUGACCUUACUAUUACUGCAACUCAACGACAAACGUGAGAAUGUUUGACGAGCUAAAGAGCAAUACCUCAUUGGCCUGAACGCUCUGCCCUGAACACGAA